AAAAACGGAACAAUCUGCAAACAGACACAGCCCUGGGACAUUCACAACAUAAACUUGUCGGUACAUGUCCAGCUCGGGGGCAGGGCGGGAGCAGCCCAUUCAUGAGGGAGUUGAAUAGAUGCAGCGGGCCGAGAGCCGGCGCGUUGUCCCGGUAUAGACCCUGCAGAGACAGCUGCUCUGUCACUGAGCCUCCGAUGGAAGGAAGAGAUCCAUGUCUGCUGACCUGCCCCAAAGUACCGCUGUGGAUCAUAGAGUUUGUCUGGGCUCACAGGACGAUGGACAUACAGCAAGUUAUGGGCCCCUCCUGUUGGCCGGAGCUGGGCUCUCAGCCUCUGAGCGUUGAGGACCCGUGGAGGCUGCGUGUUUCCUCUGCUCAGGUUUAUUCCAUCGUGAAGAGCAGAGACAUGCAGCACUUUGAGAGGGUACUGAACUUUCUGGAAGACACUUACAGACUCCUACCCAGCCUGGUGGCUCCCAUCAAACACAUGAAGGUCCUGUUCGGCCUCAAGACCAUGCUCAUCAUGUGGAUGCUCAGAGAGAGGCGAGGAAUGGUUGAAACUGUGUGUAAAAUCUGCAACUUCUUUCCAAGUAAACUCCCCCAGUACCAGGAUCAGUGUAACCAACAUGAGAUGUUCCUCAUGAGGAAGAACCAUGUGGACUUCAAGGCUCUUGCUCAGACUCUUGCUAUGGACAAGGACAAAAGUGAAGAUUAUAUCAAGAAUCACAUGGAGGAGCAGUAUGGAGAACAUUACGCUCAGAAAGUAGAGGACCGACUGCUGCAGUACCUCCAGCAGCUGGAGACGGUGCUACCAGGAGACACACACAUUGAUAAGAUCCUGAAGAAAGAAAGCCCUGUGACUGAGCAGGAGAAGCUGCUGCUGGAAGUGAUAACCUCCGACUCGGAGAACAUCGCAGCAACUCUGAAGAAGCUACUGCACUGUGAUGUUGCUUCCUGUCGUCGGGGCAUAAUUCCUCAGGCCUCAGCACAUGGAAAGAAUGGAAUGGAAAGCUCCAAACUCUCAGGGUCUGUUCUGCAUGUCAGUGCUUCAAAAGAUCGUCCCGAGUUAAUGGAGGCCAAAACGUCCAUUCAGAAUCAGUCAGAGGUGUUCCAGGGAAAGGAGUCUGAAGAACACGGGCCUGUGUCGCUGGAGAAUGAAGAUGAUACAGAUGUUGGCAGACGACCAACAGAAGAGGAUGUUGAGUUGGUCAUGAGGGUGGAUGAAGACAUCAGUGACAAAGAAAAGGAAAUGAGUCAGAGAAGCAGGGAAGGGGUUCAGGAGGCCUCCUCCCCCCCCCAGUUCUGCUCCAAACACCGCCGCUGGGUGGAGAGCAUCCUGCAUCAGUGUCCUGAUGAGUGCUCAGAGGAGCUCCAAGACAAUGUCUCUUUGUCUCCUUUAAUGUUCCCGUCGUCCUCAUCCACCACUACAUCACAGGACCUCACCCCCUCUGGUCUUAUUCCCUCCCCCUUUGACCAACAUCCACCCCCUUCAAAGACCUUCACCCACCCCGAGACCACUUGUCAGCAAGCUAACCCCGAGCAGAGUUCUGGAUCAUCACAGGAUCCAGUUCUGCUGCCGUCAUCUUCGCCCAGAGACACUCAGCUGCCCCGCCAUUUGACGCCGGUCGUCCGACUGUUGGACAUCUCUACCGUCAGAAGGUUCUGCCAUUUCUCUCAACCCCAGCAAGACCCUUUGAAUCCCUCUAUCAUGUCUGCAAACAAACAGCAAGCUUCAAAUUUUUGUCUCCAGGUACAAACCUCUCCACGCUGCCACACUUUAGGGAACCACCCUUCACCUGGAGGAGCGAAUGAAAGACUCUUUGCUCGUCCAACCCGACAUUGCUCCCCAGAACACAACUCACAAGGUGCAAACAGCUGCUGUAUCUCAACAUGCAUCCAUUUCGACUCGCUGUCAACCUCACAUCAAACAAUCUUUCUCAAAACUUUCAAGAAAGUACAGAUGGCCUUGUAAUAGCAGCAGACCUUCACAGGCUCUGAAUCAAAACACUUGUCCGACUUUACCAGAACUCGUUCCUCCGCCUUCUAGAGAAGAUGCUUAUACCGCUGCUUCAGGGACUCUCUCGUCCAUCUGCGCCGCUGACCAAUUCCCUUUAUCUCCUUCAUCAUCUCAACCAGUUGUCCCUCAGAACUCCAUCAAUCCUCCUGCACAAAACAGCGGUCCUUUUCAAUCAUCAUGCUCCACUGUCACCUCCUCUACCUCUGCCUCUGAGGCCCCGGUUGUCAGGGCCGGGAGCAGCAGAGUCCGGAGACACGAGCUGAGGCUAUCCCUGCAGAGUCAGGCCGUGCUGCUGCAGUCCAAGCUGCUGCAGCCCUUUGUGCCUCUCAGCAGACUGAGCGCUCAGGACUGUUCCAGAAUGACAAAGUGGAAAUCCUCCAGCAGAUGUGCAGAGCCGGGGGAACGAGGCAGGAAUGAUGAAGACAGGGGGGAGGAGGAGGAGGAGGAAGGUGUUUUUGAUCCGAACAUUCUUUAUUCCAGUUAUUCUUCCAGUAGUGCUGACGACUCCAUAGACUGCGACCCUGAUUACAGACCCUGCUUGAAGAAGAAAAGACUGCUCUUAGAAUAUGAAGCUGCAAGGACCAUGGAUCAUAUUUAAAAACAUUUAAAUAUACAGACUAUAGCCGGAUGCAAAGCUGCUUUUUAACAUCAAUAAUAUCCUCAAUAUUUGCACUUUUAAAAGCUAACAAAAUAUUAGCAGAGUACAUUUUUUAACAUGAACUAAAUUGUGACAUUGGACUUAGGACAAUUUACACUGUAAACAACAUCCUCUGUCAAAUUUUAAAUGGUGACAACUGUUUCUUAAUUUUGUGUUAAUUAUUAUUGUGGAAUCCCCCUCACACAGAAAGGUGUGGGUGUGAUGUGACAGCAGAAGAUGGUUUUUCAGUGUUGAUCUGUUGACAGAUCAGAAUAAAUAACUAAGCGGGGCGUAACACAGAUAUGACUUUGUUGCUCAGUACUCCAACUCCAGACUGAAAGUGUUGAAUGGGUUGAUGACAUUUUUUUAAAAGUAUGAAUGUUCAGUAAAAUAAAAACAUCUUUUCUAUGAAGCCAUUUGGGCAAAGCGUGUGUCCAUUCACCUAUCACUAUUAUUAUUCGCUGAUGUCAGGCAGAUUGGACCUAUGCUGUAGAUGUUACUGCCCUUUAUAUGUGGAGAAAUAAUCACAAGAGUAAAAGUACCACAAAUCCUUAUUAUAUGUGGGUGUAGACAAAAUCAAUGGAUCUCAGGACCCUGGAUUAAAACAAUCUAGUAGAUCACAGUUCAACACUAUCAUUGUUUUAAAUUGUACUUUAAACAAAGUACGUAGAAGCUGCUUCCUAAGCAUGUGAACCAUUUUCACAUUAACAUUUAAAUCAUUCUUCAAACAUGUUACAACAUUUAAAUACAUUACCAAUUUGAAAUAAACAUAGUACAUAGACUGUAUACGAUACGUGGACACGAUAAACCUUGACAUCACCCAUUGGUUUGAUGUAGUGGACUACAGUUUUGAAGCUCCAUGGUCUGGCACUUUGACUGAGCUUUCUUGGUUUUUUUCUUUCUCGAUUGUUGUUGUUUUUUUGUAACCAGAAGUUACAGGAAA